CCUAAAUUCUUGGAGAAUAAAAUAAUAAAGCCAAGACUCUUGUCUGCUUAAAAUUAGCCAACUUAAAUUAAAUGAGAAAAAACCCAAUAUAAAUCAAAAAAUGGGAAAAGGGCGGAAAAUAAAAUGAUCAACCAAUUCACAAAAGCAUCAAUCCACGUGUCAAAAUCCUAAUCACCUAGCAGAAAACAGCCACGUCAGCAGUCAUCCCGGUUCUCUCUCUUUCCUCAAACCAGUCCCCUCUAUAUUGCAACUUAUGGCGGUCAACGGAUCAAAUAAUCACUUCACCAAAAAAAAAAAGGCCGCCUUUUAGUUUUCAAGACGACUAUUUUACUAUAAUUACUCUGCUGGCGGCUUUGUGCGACAAUUUUUUGAGGUUAUUGGUUUGGUUUUCCAAAGGUGGUUUAAGGUUUUAGAGUAUGCGGAGAAUGGGAGGAAGUCGGAGUUAUUCAGCAAAUCCUAGCGAUUAUAAGCUUCUUGAAGAGGUUGAUUAUGGCGCCCGUGCUACUGUUUAUAGAGCGAUCUAUCUUCCUUUUAACGACGUCGUUGCUGUCAAGUGUUUAGAUCUUAGUGGCUGCAACAGUAAUCUGGAUGACAUACGACGGAAAGCUCAAAAAAUGAGUUUGAUUGAUCACCCAAAUAUUAUUCGGGUAUAUUGUUUGUUUGUAGUUGGUCAUAACCUUUGGGUGGUCAUGCCUUUCAUGUCAGAGGGUUCUUGUUUGCACCUCAUGAAGAUAGCUUAUCCUGCUGGUUUCGAAGAGUCUGCUAUUGGUUCUAUUCUGAAAGAAACUCUUAAGGCUUUGGAUUAUCUUCAUCGGCAAGGACAUAUUCACCGGGAUGUUAAGGCCGGAAACAUACUGCUUGACAGUAAUGGCACAGUAAAGCUUGCUGAUUUCGGUGUUUCAGCUUGCAUGUUUGAUGCAGGAGAUAGACAACGUUCUACCUUUGUUGGGACUCCUUGCUGGAUGGCACCAGAGGUCUUGCAGCCCGGCAGUGGAUAUAACUCCAAGGCUGAUAUAUGGUCAUUUGGUAUAACAGCAUUGGAGUUGGCUCAUGGUCAUGCUCCUUUUUCAAAAUAUCCUCCAAUGAAGGUUCUCCUGAUGACCAUACAAAAUGCUCCUCCAGGACUUGAUUAUGAUUGUGAUAAGAAGUUCUCUACGUCUUUUAAAGAAAUGGUUGCAAUGUGCCUGGUGAAAGAUCAAAGAAAGAGGCCAACUGCAGAGAAAUUAUUAAAGCACUCCUUUUUCAAGCAUGCAAAGCCUCCUGAGCUUUAUGUAAAGAAAUUAUUUGCUGAUCUGCCACCACUUUGGAAUCGUGUGAAAGCCCUACAGCUUAAAGAUGCUGCACAACUAGCUCAAAAGAAAAUGCCUUUAGCAGAACAAGAAGCUAUAUCACAGAGUGAGUAUCAAAGAGGAGUUAGUGCCUGGAAUUUUAAUAUUGAGGAUUUCAAAGCGCAAGCACCUCUGAUGCAUGAUGAUGAUGAUAUUGAUGAGUGCAAAGAUGAUGAUGAAAGCAUGAAAUCAAGCCUUGGUCAUAAGGUGCAUGAUGAUGAUGAUAUCGAUGAGUGCAAAGGUGAUGAUGAAAGCAUGAAAUCAAACCUUGGCCAUAAGGCUGCAGGUUACCGUGAAUCUAGUUUGGGAAAGUUGAAUUUAAAUAGGGAAGUAUCUCAGGCUGAAGUUGGAGGAUCAAGGAGUGUUGACUUAUUACAGUCUGAUUGCUUGAAUGGGAAGAUAAAGAAUCCGGAAUGUGAUAUAGUUGAAGCUAGCUUCCAGGAUACGGGUUUGAGGAAAAAUGGAUCAAGCAUUGAUGUUAUGGCAUCAACUUCAGAAACAGAUGUGGUCUUGACCAGGGCUAAAACAGUGAAACCUAGGCAAACCCAAAGUGGGCCACUCACACCUCGUGCUGUUCUUAAACAUUCAUCCUCAGAACGGGUUCGUAACUCAGAAAGGUUUGAGAAUGAAGUUUUACAAGCGAACGAGAGAGCUUGCCAAGUUCGUAAAGCACCAAGCUUUAGUGGUCCAUUGAUGCUUCCUAAUCGAGCAUCUGCAAACAGUUUAUCAGCUCCAAUUAAAUCAUCAGGAGGGUUUAGGGAAUCUCUGGAUGACAAGUCAAAGACUAAUCUGGUGCAAAUAAAAGGUCGAUUUUCAGUAACAUCAGAAAAUUUAGAUCUUGUAAAGGAUAUUCCUUUAAGUACAGUUUCACGCCGAUCUUCACAGAUUUCACCUCUCAAAAAGUCUGCUAGCGUAGGUGAUUGGAUAUUUGGAUCCAAACAAGUGCCCACUAAUCAUUUCCCUAAGGAUUUAACCAAUGGUAGCAUGCCCACAUCAAUUCUUAUGACUUAUCUUCAGAAUCUUUUCCAGCAAACCUCACUUCAACAGGAUCUUAUUGUGAAUUUGUUGAAUACCUUGCAGCCAACUGAGGUUGUAGAUGCCACACAAAAUGGAAAGUUGCCUCCUCUACCUCGUUGUUCUGAGAGCAAUGGAAAUGUUGAAACAGCAGCAUCUGAGAGGGAGCAUCUACUGCUCUGCAAGAUCUCAGAGCUACAAUCCAGAAUGAUGAAUUUGACUGAUGAAUUGACUGCUGAAAAGUUGAAAUACGACCAAUUGCAACAACAACUAAGCUUCAUGUCUGGUGCGGAAGAGAAUGGGAUUAGAAGGGAAGGGGAUGCGUGAAAGCUGUAUCUCAACUACUGUAAAGUGAACUCCCCAGGUAUAAUCGGGCAAAAUACGUAAAUCAUGUAGAUAAAAUUGUGUUCCACCAUGCUUUGCCUAAUGCCUAUCAGACAUGGUAACUGCUUUUGGGCCAUCGACAACGUUAGAAACAAUAGAAGGCAGCAUUCUUAAUUUACGUAUGUAUUACUUGUGACCUUGUAUCCAUACGUUCCUUUGCAGAUUUCAGCCACUUCAAUGACAAAUAAGCAAAUAUUAUGGAUACAUGAGGAUGUUUUUACUUGUAUAUAUAAUGUAUAAGUGUGCAUUUGAUGUAAAGAGAAUGAAUUGAUAUUCAGAGCCAGGUCAGUUAUUUUUAUCAUGGAAAGUAGUCAAGCAGAAGGUUAGAUUUUCUUGUUCCGGCUUCUGUCCAGAAAAUCUUUUGUAUCAUAUAAUGUUAGUAUUUGUUGGAGGGUCGUAUGGGAGCUGAAUGCUGUUGGGUAUAACCAACCAAAACCAGUGUAGUUAUUUUCUUCUUUAUUCCUAUAUUAUUUAUUAUUUCACAUUGUAAGACUAAUGAAUGCCAUUGUUUUUUCUUUUAUUAUUUAUUAUUUAUUUAUCGGUGAAUAUGAAUAGUUAUC